CGCUCAAAAACCCUAAUAUACACUUUUUUUGAGUAUAAUCUGGAGAGAUCGUGUUACUGCUCGACGAGAUCUUUCUCUUCUCAGGCAGCUUCUCUGUGAAUCACGAUGUCUCUGGUUGCGAACGAGGACUUCCAGCACAUUCUGCGUGUGCUGAACACUAACGUUGAUGGUAAGCAGAAGAUUAUGUUUGCCCUUACCUCUAUCAAGGGUAUUGGGAGGCGAUUUGCUAACAUUGUCUGCAAGAAGGCCGAUGUUGACAUGAACAAGAGGGCCGGUGAGUUGUCUGCAGCCGAACUUGACAACCUCAUGACAAUCGUUGCAAACCCCCGUCAGUUCAAGAUACCCGACUGGUUCCUGAACAGGCAAAAGGACUACAAGGAUGGCAAGUUCUCCCAAGUUGUCUCCAACGCUCUGGACAUGAAACUCAGAGACGACCUGGAACGUCUCAAGAAGAUCAGAAACCACCGUGGUCUGAGGCACUACUGGGGUCUCCGUGUCCGAGGGCAGCACACCAAGACAACCGGUCGUAGAGGAAAGACUGUCGGUGUUUCCAAGAAGCGUUGAGGGAGUUUUUUCUAGUUGCUACCAAUGAUAUGGGCAUUGCUUGAUGAAGACCGGUUUUAGUUUGUUGGUUCCCCGUACAAUUUUGAGUCAUUUAUGAUCGAAUGAGAAGUCUUUCUUCUUCAUAUGGAUUUUGGGCCUUUUAUGUUUGUUGGGAGCUUUUUAUGUUCAUCAUUACACUGUUUCUCUGCAAGGUAAUGUUACAUCUCUCUAGUUA